GUGGAUGAGCUGAGAAGAAAAUUGGACAGUCUAACUAGCCAGAAACAAGAUAUAGAAUCAAGAAUACAAGAAGUAGAGGCUCGCAGGGGACAAAUGGUUAGACAACAAGUGCAAGAAUGGCUUAAGCAAGCAGAAGAGAUCAAUGUUAAAGUGCGAGCAUUUUUGGAAAAGAUGCAGGGAGUCAAGUGGUACAAGCGUGCUUGUCUUGACAGACUUGUUUGUGGAAAAAUUAAUAUGGUGCAGGAAAUGCUUGAUAAAGGUAGUUUUCCUGAAGGCCUUGUUAUUGAGAGGGCUCCAGCUCAUGGAAACAUAAUUCCAACAGAGAAUUUAGUGGGGGAAAUUUCUACUAAAGAAGAAAUUUGGAGGUACUUGAUGGGUGAUGAGGUUGGAAUGAUUGGAGUUUGUGGGAUUGGUGGAGUUGGAAAGACUACGAUCAUGAAGAAUCUCCACAAUGAUUUACAAAGGGAGAUUAGAUUUGAGAAAGUGAUCUGGGUUACUGUAUCACAUCCUCUCAAUGAGGAGUCUCUAAAGUUAUUCCUCGAUACAGUUGGGGAUGGUGUUUUACAAGUUCCAGGGUUGGAAGAAAUCUUAAAGCUUAUUGUGGAAGAGUGUGCCGGCUUACCACUGGCCAUUGUUGUGAUAGCUGGGAGCAUGAGGGGAGUUGAUGAUGUUAAUGUGUGGAGAAAUGCAUUGACUGAAUUACAAGUUCGUGAUUAUGUGUUUUCGAAAAGGGAGUUGAUAGAAUGUUGGAUUGAUGAAGGACUGAUUUGUGGGUUGCCAAGGAGAGAAGCAGCUUGUAAUAGGGGCCAUGCUAUUAUAGAUAGGCUCGAAAAGAAUUUCUUAUUAGAGAAAGACACUUUUCGAUCAUCUAUAAGCCUAGGUGGAUAUUCAUUUGGUAGUUAUGGUGCUAAGAUGCAUGAUGUAGUGAGAGACAUGGCUAUCAUAGGCAUUGGUCCUGAAUUUGGAUAUAUGAUAAAAGCUGGUAUGAAUUUGGUAGAGCUACCAGAUGAGCAUGGUUGGGUAAAAGAUACUAAGAAGUUGUCUCUAAUGGAAAAUAACAUUUCAAAAGUUCCUCUUAGUCUGCCCCCAAAGUGUGUGAGCCUUUCGACUUUGAUACUAUCAAGUAAUCCUAAUUUGUCAGAGAUUCCUGAAUCCUUUUUUGGAGAGAUGCUUGCUUUGAAGCAUUGCAAGAAGUUAAAGUACUUGCCUUCCUUAGCAAACCUCAGGGGAUUGAAGAAGUUGGACCUACACGAGGCAGGGAUUGAGGUGGUCCCUCAAGGCAUGGGGAUGUUGAUAAGUCUUGAAUAUCUUGAUUUAUUAUUUUGUCAAAAUUUGAAAGAGAUUCCAACAGGAAUAAUACCUAACCUUUCUUGUCUCCAGUACUUGGCAGUAUGUUGUUUGCGAGAAACUACAAUAAUAAGAAAUUUAGAAGAGGUUGCUAGAUUGAAGAAGUUGGAGACUUUAGAAUGUCAAUUUGAUGGCAUACAAGACUUUAAUCAUUUUUUCAACAAGUUCAAAGAUUUCCAAAGUGCUAUUGCUUACAGUCUUGGAGUUGGGACAGUGAGAGACAUGAUUAGACUGAGCAAAUAUGAGCUUGUAAUUACUGAAUGCGAGAUCGGGGAAGAAUGUGUAGUGCUUCCAAAUAACCUUGAGGAUUUGUGGAUAAUUGAGGGUAGAUAUAUGCGAAGUAGCUUAAACAAAACAGUUUUGUUAGAAAAUGCAAAUGAGUUGAGAAGGUGCCAUAUUUGGGAAGGUAAAGAGAUAGAGUGCGUGGUUGAGUUGGACUCAUCCUCCUCCUCCUCAUUGUAUUGUCCAGUACUUGAUAAGCUUGAACUGCUGGACCUUUGGUUUUUGCCUAAGUUAUGUGAACUUGUGAGAGUGGAAGGAGCAGCAACACCACCACACAUCUUUUCCAAUCUUAAAACACUUAAAAUAUCCCAUUGUUCAAGAAUGAGGAAAUUGCUUCCACUUGAGCUACAGCAAGCCUUCCAAAACUUAGAGGAGAUUUAUGUCAAUGUGUGCACACAAAUGGAGGAGAUAAUAACAUCACCAGAUUCAGAUGCAUCAUCAGAUAAAUUCACUUUUCCCAAGUUAAGGAGAUUGUCCUUGACGUAUUUACCCCAAUUGAAGAGCAUCUGCAGUGCCAAAGGAGUUAUGGUUUGUGAUUCUAUUGAAGAAAUUGCAAUAUCAAGAUGUAGAGAGUUAAAAGAGGAUCCCUGUGCAGCUUCCACUGCUUGAUAAUGGCCAACCAACUCCUCCUCCUCAUCUCAGAGAAAUCGAGAUGGAUAGAGACGCAAAAGGAUGGUGGGAAUCAGUGGAGUGGGAUCAUAAGAACCUACUUCAACCUUUCUUGAAAUAUUCUGAUUGAGGGAUGGAAGGAAACAAUUUCUGUUGAUUUGAAGGCAAUAAACGAUCACGAUCCAA